AUGGCCCACAUCGCGCGCCCCGAGCGGCGCCGGAUCUUGCGAACACCUGCGGCUCGGUUCGCGAGCAUCCCGGACUUUCCCUAUGAUCCCCACUACCUGGAAAUCAACGGGGUGCGGGUGCACUAUGUCGAUGUGGGCGCGGGUGCCGGGACGACGGCCGAAAACCCGCCAUCGCCGCAAGAUGCGCCCAGGGAGACCGUGCUGUGUGUCCACGGCGAGCCGAGCUGGGCCUACGUCUACCGCAAGGUCAUCGCAGCGCUGGCGGCCGAGCGGCCGCAGUGGCGGGUGGUGGCUCCGGACUUUAUCGGCUUUGGCAAAAGCGACAAGUUUGCUGCGCCAUCGAUGUACACUCACGAGCUGCAUCGGGCGACACUGAUCGCAGUCAUCGAGGCCCUGGAUUUGCGCAACAUUACGCUGGUCGUCCAGGACUGGGGCGGACUCACCGGGCUCUCGGUGGUCAAGGACGUGCCGGAGCGGAUUGCCCGACUCGUGGUGAUGAACACUGGACUCCCACCGGCCGGACGGGUAUCGUGGCGAAGCUCGCUCAAUUUUGCGUGCUGGCGCGCGUUUGUGGCCGCAGUCGACACGGCGCUUCCCAUCGGCGCAGUCAUGCGCUCUGCGCUCCGCAACGCGUCUGACGCCGAGAUCUGCGCCUAUGAGGCGCCUUUCCACGAGCCGGAUGCGAAGGCCGGCGCCGUCGCGUGGCCGGCACUUGUUCCGCUCUCGGCCAGCUCGCCGGUGGCGGCUGACAUGGCGGCGACGCGUGCCUUUCUCCGCGAGUGGACCAAGCCUGCGCUCGUCAUGUUCUCCGACAAGUGCCCGGUCACCCGCGACCUCCCCGGCUUCUUCGCCCGGCUUGUCCCCGGUGCGCGGUCGCGGUAUGUGGUGCUUGUGGGCGCUGGCCACUUUCUGCAGGACGACGCCGGCGAGGCUGUUGCUGACCACAUCAUGGACUUUGCGACGCGCGACAACGCGUGCCUACCGCCCGACGCUCGUCCCGGCGACGCCCUCGUGUGCAACGUGGGCGACGACCUCGCUGUUGUCGCGUGGAAGGACUCGAUCGAGUGCUGUUUCUGGCAACCUGCGUAA